UUUGCUAUUUUAUCUUUUCCUGCCUUGUUUAAUAAUGUCAACUUUCUGAAGGACCACGCCACGUCCUGGUUCUUACAAGUGAUUACGUCUUAACGUUAAUCUAUGUACAUAUAUACCUGUUUACUCGCUAAAGCUUCAACUCUUUUGCCAAGUCUGUCAGCUGUCUGUUUGCUCACUUUCGGGUUUAUUUCCUUGAGUCCUCAUCUUUUAUCAACCAAUGUCUUUUACCGGACGAAGAGCCACCCCUCCAUCUCACUGAAAUUUUUGAAUAAUUUCUUUCGUUUUCUUUAUCAUCCCUGUAGCCUGAGCGGGGAAUGUUGGGGUGUUCAGUUUGGUGAAUAUAUCUGCUGGCCAAUUCACCCUUCGACCAAGACAUAUCUUCUCUGCGGUAUAAAUCAAAUUAAUGACCGCCUUAUUUACAGAGUUGUUGAGGAUGGGAAUAAACGUUGCUGGAUAGGAGUGCUGGGACACCACAAUGGCGAAAGUUAAAUGAAUAUUGAACAUUUUUAAGCUGCUUGGCUAGUGCCCAAACCGGUGUAGAUACGUAAAAAUGAUUCUAAGAUAUCAACAUCUAUCCAAAGACUGAUGUUUAGGUUUAGAUAUAAAAAGACUUUUCAUUGAUAAGAAUUG